ACGCUGUCAUGUUAAAACCCACCACAAAUCAAAUUCUCUCUCUCUCACCAUCUUUAAUAAUUCAUCAACAAUACCCACCUUCCCUUCACUCUAUCUCCCGCCACCACCACAGAUUGUUCAAACCUGACUCAACUUCUUCAUUCUUUUAAAUGACCCGCCGGGAAUCUCCCUCCGGCAACCUUGCCGGCCCGGCUACUGCGGACUUCGACCUCGCCUGCCCCUUCGCUCCACUCGAUAACAACAUUCACGAUGAUGACAUCCGUGAAACUGCCUAUGAGCUCUUCUUCACUGCCUGCAGAUCCUCUCCAGGUUUUGGGGGACGGAAUGCGAUACUAUUUUAUUCGUCAAAUGACAAUAGUAAUGGGGAAGGUGGAAGUGGGUCGAGUGCAAGCGGUGUGAGCCGGGUAAAUGGGGUGGUGCAGAUGACGCCUACGAGUAGAAUUAAGCGGGCUUUAGGGUUGAAGAUGCUGAGGAGGUCGCCAUCGAGGAGAAUGUCCGCCAUUGGUGGUGCGGGGCCGACAUCACCGGGGAGUGGACAUGGAUUCGAGAGGACUAGCCCUGGAAAUGGGCACUACACGUUCCCUCCGGUAAGACCAAGACGGCCGAUGACAUCGGCGGAGAUUAUGAGGCAACAGAUGAAGGUGACGGAGCAGAGUGAUAAUAGGCUGAGGAAAACUCUCAUGAGAACCCUCGUUGGCCAAAUGGGUAGACGAGCGGAGACGAUAAUACUGCCAUUGGAGCUAAUUCGUCAUCUGAAACCAUCAGAAUUCAACGACUCUAACGAGUACCAUCAAUGGCAAAGGCGGCAACUAAAGAUUCUAGAAGCCGGACUUCUCCUCCACCCUGCGGUUCCACUUGACAAAUCGAGCUCAUUCGCCAAGCGCCUCCGAGGGAUUGUCAGUGCCAGUGAAACCAGACCGAUAGACACCGGCAAAAACUCUGACACAAUGAGAACGCUAUGCAACACUGUAGUUUCCUUGUCCUGGAGAAGCUCAAACGGAACUCCGACUGAAGUCUGUCAUUGGGCUGACGGCUACCCGCUCAACAUCCACCUCUACAUUUCUCUUCUUCAAUCCAUAUUCGAUACACGAGACGAGACUUUGGUUCUGGAUGAGGUUGACGAGCUUCUCGAGCUUAUAAAGAAGACAUGGUCGACAUUGGGGAUCAACAGGCCGAUUCAUAAUUUGUGUUUCGCAUGGGUUUUGUUUAAGCAAUACGUUGUGACUGGGAUGUCCGAGCCUGAUCUUCUUUGUGCAGCACAUACUAUGCUGGGGGAAUUGGCGAACGAUUCUAAGAAAUCUGAUAGAGAGGCGCUGUAUGUGAAGAUGUUGUCUUCAAUGUUGGUUUCAAUGCAAGGGUGGGCGGAGAAGAGAUUGCUGAGGUAUCAUGAUUAUUUCCAUAGAGGAACUGUUAGUCAAAUUGAGAACCUUUUGCCUUUGGCUUUGUUGGCAUCAAACAUUAUGGGAGAAAAUGUUACACUCACUGAUAAGGAGAAAGGAGACACAAAGGUUGUGAUGGAUUCGACUACGAAUCGGAUCGAUCACUAUAUCCGAACCUCAGUGAAAAAUGCUUUUACAAAAAUUAUUGAGAAUAGAAAUAUGACUGAAUAUGUAGAUGGGAAAGAGAUGGAGGCAACAGAACCUCUACUUCAGUUGGCAAAAGAGACAGAGGAUUUGGCAUUGAGAGAGAGGGAAUGUUUUAGUCCUGUGUUUAAGAAAUCGCUCAGCACAGCAGCUGGGGUUGCGGCUGUGACAAUUCACCAAUGCUAUGGAGCCGUUUUGAAACAAUAUUUAGCUGGAAUGGGCACUCUCAAAAAUGAGACUGUUAGAGUCUUGCAGAGGGCUGGAAAGCUUGAAAAAAUUUUGGUUCAAAUGGUGGCUAAAGAUAGUACAGACUGUGAAGAUGGGGGCAAAGGCAUUGUCAGAGAAAUGAUCCCAUAUGAAGUUGAUUCGAUUAUUCUAAGGCUCUUGAGACAAUGGAUUGAUGAGAAGAUAACCAGAGGAAAAGAAUGUUAUCUCAGAGCAAAAGAUUCAGAAACAUGGACUCCCAAGUCAAAAUCAGAGCCGUAUGCGGAGUCUGCUGUGGAGCUAAUGAAAAUGGCACAGGAAAUUGUUGAUGAUUUCUUUGAAAUACCAAUAGGAAUUACAGAUGAUUUGGUUUAUGAUCUUGCAGAUGGUUUACAGAUUCUCUUUAGAGAAUACACCACCUUUGUUGCAUCAUGUGGAGCAAGACAGAGCUAUCUGCCCACACUUCCUCCUCUUACAAGAUGCAACAGAGAUUCAAGGUUCUCCAAGCUUUGGAAAAAAGCUAGUCCUUGUGCCGUCACUUGGGAUGACGUAAGUCAAGUACAAGGCUCAAAUGAAGCUCUCCAUCCACGCCCAUCAACAAGUCGAGGAACACAGCGUCUUUAUGUUCGUCUCAACACCUUGCAUUAUCUUCUCUCUCAUAUCCAGUCCCUGGAGAAAAAAUUAACCCUUUCUCCAAGAGUUGUUCCUUCAGUACAUAGUCGAUACACUAACCAGAGGUGCCAUAGUGGUGCCUCUUCAUACUUUGAACAUGCAACAAACGCUAUUCAAUCAGCCUGCCAACAUGUGUCAGAAGUUGCAGCUUAUCGCCUCAUCUUCUUUGACUCGAGCUCUGUCUUUUACGAAAGUCUCUAUAUGUAUGAUGUUGCGAAUGCAAGAAUCAGGCCUGCAUUGCGAACAUUGAAACAGAAUCUUACACUUUUGAGUUUGAUUUUAAAUGACCGAGCGCAGGCUUUAGCAAUAAAAGAAAUUAUAAGGGCAGCAUUUGAGGCAUACCUUAUGGUUUUGCUUGCUGGGGGAAGCUCCCGGGUGUUCUACCGGAGUGAUUAUGAGAUGAUUGCAGAGGAUUUUGAGAGCUUGAAGAGGUUAUUCUGCACAUGUGGAGAAGGAUUGAUAUCUGAAGAUGUGGUGGACCGAGAGGCAGAGACAGUUGAAGGGAUGAUAGCAUUGAUGGGUCAGCACACUGAGCAACUAAUAGAAGAUUUCAGCAUUCUUUCCUGUGAAACAAGUGGUAUAGGAGUUAUGGCUACAGGGGCCAAGCUACCAAUGCCACCAACAACAGGAAGGUGGAAUCGAUCGGAUCCAAACACAAUUCUAAGAAUAUUGUGCCAUAGAAAUGAUCGAGCUGCAAAUCAAUUCUUGAAGAAGUCGUUCCAGUUAGCCAAAAGGAGAUGAAGAGGGAUUAUGUUACAUAGUCGUGCAGAUUUCUAAUAAAGUUACUGAGAAUGAACUAGAUGAACAUAAUAUAGGCAACAAAUUGUAUCCAAAUUCUGUUGACUCAUAUUCUAUAUGAACAUUUUUCUCGGGGUUGAAAGAUCAUAAGGUA